CAUCCCGCCCCAUGGAGGGGCCCCCGGGCCUGCGGCCGGGCGCGGGCGGGCCCUGGGAGAUGCGGGAGCGGCUGGGCACCGGCGGCUUCGGGAACGUCUGUCUGUACCAGCAUCGGGUGAGGCGGGGCUCGCGGGGAGCGGUGCUGGGUGUCCGUCGGAGCGUCGGGGGAGCGUUGGACCACCCCAAUGUUGUAAAAGCCUGUGAUGUUCCCGAGGAACUGAAUAUUUUGAUUAAUGAUGUGCCUCUUCUAGCAAUGGAAUACUGUUCUGGAGGAGAUCUUCGGAAGCUGCUCAACAAACCAGAAAAUUGCUGUGGACUUAAAGAAAGCCAAAUACUGUCUUUACUUAGUGAUAUAGGAUCUGGAAUUUGGUAUUUGCAUGAAAACAAAAUUAUACACCGUGACCUAAAACCUGAAAACAUAGUUCUUCAGGAUGUUGGUGGGAAGAUAUUGCAUAAAAUAAUUGAUCUGGGGUAUGCCAAAGAUGUGGAUCAAGGAAGUCUGUGUACAUCUUUUGUGGGGACACUGCAGUAUCUGGCCCCAGAGCUUUUUGAGAAUAAGCCUUACACAGCCACUGUUGAUUAUUGGAGCUUUGGGACCAUGGUGUUUGAAUGUAUUGCCGGAUAUAGGCCUUUUUUGCAUCAUCUGCAGCCAUUUACCUGGCAUGAGAAGAUUAAGAAGAAGGAUCCAAAGUGUAUAUUUGCAUCUGAAGAGAUGACGGGAGAAGUUCGGUUCAGCAGUCAUUUACCUCAACCAAAUAGCCUCUGUAGUUUAAUAGUAGAACCCAUGGAAAACUGGCUACAGUUGAUGCUGAAUUGGGAUCCUCAGCAGAGAGGAGGGCCUAUCGAUCUUGUUUCAAAGCAGCCAAGGUGUUUUAUGUUAAUGGAUCACAUUUUGAAUUUGAAGAUAGUGCACAUCCUCAAUAUGACCUCUGCAAAGAUCAUUUCUUUUUUGUUGCCUCCUGAUGAAAGUCUUCAUUCACUACAGUCUCGUAUUGAGCGUGAAACUGGAAUCAACACUGGCUCUCAGGAGCUUCUUUCUGAGACGGGGAUUUCUCUGGACCCACGGAAACCAGCCUCUCAAUGUGUCCUAGAUGGAGUUAGAGGCUGUGAUAGCUAUAUGGUGUAUUUGUUUGAUAAAAGUAAGACGGUGUAUGAAGGGCCAUUUGCUUCCAGAAGUUUAUCUGACUGUGUAAAUUAUAUUGUACAGGACAGCAAAAUACAGCUGCCGAUCGUACAGCUGCGCAAAGUCUGGGCGGAAGCAGUGCAUUAUGUAUCGGGCCUCAAAGAAGACUACAGCAGACUCUUUCAGGGGCAACGGGCAGCAAUGUUAAGUCUUCUUAGAUACAAUGCUAACUUGACAAAAAUGAAGAACACUCUGAUCUCAGCCUCUCAACAACUGAAAGCUAAAUUGGAGUUUUUUCACAAAAGCAUUCAGCUUGACUUGGAGCGAUACAGCGAGCAGAUGGCGUACGGGAUCUCCUCAGAAAAAAUGUUAAAAGCGUGGAAGGAAAUGGAAGAAAAGGCCAUCCACUAUGCAGAGGUCGGUGUUAUCGGCUACCUGGAGGAUCAGAUCAUGUCCUUGCACACUGAAAUCAUGGAGCUACAGAAGAGUCCCUAUGGAAGGCGGCAGGGCGACCUCAUGGAAUCUCUGGAGCAGCAUGCUAUUGAUCUAUAUAAACAACUCAAGCACAGACCUUCAGAUCACUCGUAUAGCGACAGCACGGGCAUGGUGAAGAUCAUUGUGCACACUGUGCAGAGUCAGGACCGUGUGCUGAAGGAGCUGUUUGGUCAUCUGAGCAGGUUGCUGGGCUGUAAGCAGAAGAUCGUCGAUCUACUGCCUAAGGUGGAAGUGGCGCUCAGUAGCAUCAAAGAAGCUGACAACAUGGUCAUGUUUAUGCAGGGGAAGAGGCAGAAGGAAAUUUGGCACCUCCUAAAAAUUGCCUGUACACAGAGUUCGGCCCGGUCCCUUGUAGGAUCCAGUCUGGAAGGUGCAGUAACCCCCCAGGCAUCAACAUGGCUGCCCCCCACUUCAGGAGAACGUGAACAGCCUCUGUCAUGCGUGGUAACUCCUCAAGAUGGGGAGACUUUAGCACAAAUGAUAGAAGAAAAUUUGAACUGUCUUGGCCAUUUAAGCACUAUUAUUCGUGAAGCAGAUGAGGAGCAGGGCGGUAGUAUGAUGAGUCUUGACUGGAGUUGGUUAACAGAAUGACUUGACCACUUGUUCACUGCCCCCAAACCGUGGAAGUUGUAUCUGAACGUCUUGGAAUGAGCUUUUAACUCCGUGAAGCUGUUUUUCAGACACCAUCAGUCAGUAGAAGAAAUGGCUGCGAUCAGACGCUACUCAUGAUUUUACAAGCGCAAUAUUUUGAUUUUGAGUAAUUGUAGCCUUUGAACAGAUACAGUGUCAUAAAAAGUCAAUGGACUUUCUUAAAUAACCACCACUACUUAGGAGCAUCAUCAGUGACCGGGUUGGUUUCAAACUUGCUAUAAACAUUACUUAUUUAAAAAUGGCUUUCAGCGUUUUCAACUGGGGGCACACAGCUGAAAGCAGUGAUGCGUGUAGAGAAGAAAACCUCCAGGCUCAUGUUCAUAAGAGUUGUCUGCCUGUGUUUCUGUGCAAGAGACUGCUCCCAAGCCCAGUGGGACGUCUUGGAGAAUGAACCCGACCUCCUUGUGUUACACUCGGCAUGUGCUCUUCCUGGCAUCGUCCGGAACGCGGGUGCCUGCGUCCCAGUUCCAGUUGUACUGCACAUUGGGCAGCAUCCCUUUCUUGCCUUUAGUACCAUAUGGGGUCAGGAAUCUUGUUCAGAAGUCUGCUGUAUGUAUUUAAGAUGUACAUUUAAUACUAGAGAAAACCCAUGUUAAUUUAUAAUGUAUUUGAAAGGCUAUCUGCUUUUUCACUUGUAAAAAAAUGGGCAAUUUGUUUAGAGAAUCUUUAUUAUGUUGUCUGACACAUUUUUAAAGGUCUACACUGCUUUAUCUGUUCCAAAAUCCACAAAGCUCUGAAAACUAGUUUUUUGGUGUUUUUCCUUAAGCUUUGUGACACUCAUUUGCUUGUAAGUCUAAUCGGAACUGACAUUGAAUCUGUGUGUCCCAUUUAGUGUGAAAAUCCAUUCAUUUUGCUGCAGAAAACUUCUGAUGACGAGGGGUGCUGCCUCCAACCAUGCUGUAGGAUUAUGCAGUAUAUGGUAGGGUUUAGUAUGCUAUGAUAUAUACACACUGAAUUACCUUUCUAAAAAUAUGGCUUGAAGGAUUUCAGAUAAAAGACUGUGGACCUCUACAUCUGUUAAGUAAUUUAGAAGGCGUUUGGUUUUUUUAAAAUGUGAAAUACUUUUGUAUGCUAUACAGUUUUUCACUCUGUGUAUUAAAUAAUUUUUAAAUUA